UUUCAGGAAGCACUGAAAACUCCAUAUUUCAGUUUACGGUGUUAUAUCCGGAACACAUGGUCGAUUUCUAACCCAAGUAAUGCGCUCUGCGUUUACUGCAGUUUACUGUUUAGGAACAUUGAAUGGAAGUUAAAAUAAAGGAACCAUGUUAAAGUUUUACGUAUUGUUCGAGCAUGCUGCUGGUUAUGCACUCUUUGCGGUCAGAGAAUUUGAGGAGGUAGGGAUGUUGCUACCUCAGGUUGAAGCAUCUGUCACAGAUUUAUCUCGCUUCAAUUCAGUUGUAAAACUAGUUGGGUUCUCGCCUUUCAAAACUGCCUUAGCAGCUUUGGAAAGUAUAAACAAUAUUUCUGAAGGAGUUGUCCCUGAAGACUUACAACUGUUCUUGGAUUCAUGUAUACCAAAAUCUGGGAAGAAAAAUAAAGUUGUGCUAGGAGUAGCAGAUCCGAAACUUGGAGCUAGUAUUACUGAAGCACUAAAUAUUAAAUGUGACCAUACUGGAGCCAUCCCAGAAAUCAUUAGGGGAAUAAGAUUUCAUUUUCAUAGUUUAGUGAAAGGUUUCACUGCGAAGAGUUCUGGAAUUGCACAGCUUGGGCUUGGUCAUAGUUAUUCUAGAGCUAAAGUAAAAUUCAAUGUCAAUCGUGUAGAUAAUAUGAUUAUACAGAGUAUAGCUCUGUUAGAUCAAUUGGACAAGGAUAUUAAUACAUUCAGCAUGCGUAUAAGAGAAUGGUACAGUUAUCACUUUCCAGAACUUGUAAAAAUAGUACCUGAGAACUAUAUGUAUGCCAAAGUUGCUAAAUUAAUAAAAAACAGAAAAGAACUUACAAAUGAGAAAUUAGAAACUUUGGAAGAAAUUGUUAUGGAUAGUGCAAAAGCCCAAGCAAUUAUCGACGCAUCUAAAUCAUCUAUGGGAAUGGAUAUUAGCCCUGUCGACCUCCUUAACAUCGAAAUGUUUGCGGCCCGUGUUAUUGCUCUGGCUGAUUAUAGAAAACAGCUGGCAGAAUAUUUAAGAUCUAAAAUGGCAGGAGUAGCGCCAAAUUUGGCGACAUUGAUCGGUGAUCAAGUAGGUGCGAGAUUAAUAGCACAUGCCGGUUCUCUAACUAAUUUGGCUAAAUAUCCCGCCUCUACUGUGCAAAUAUUAGGCGCGGAAAAAGCCUUGUUCAGAGCCUUAAAAACAAAAGGUAAUACUCCGAAAUAUGGGUUGCUGUUCCACUCGAGUUUCAUUGGUCGUGCGGGAACGAAAAAUAAAGGUAGAAUUUCAAGAUAUCUUGCAAAUAAAUGCUCGAUAGCAUCAAGAAUCGAUUGCUUUACUGAUACGCCAACCAAUAUCUUCGGCGAGAAGUUGCGGCAACAAGUAGAAGAUCGAUUGAAAUUUUAUGAAACUGGAGAAAUACCCAAGAAAAAUAUAGAUGUUAUGAAGGAAGCAUUAGAAGAAGCUGCGCAAGUAAUAGCCAGCAUAGAACAAGAAAAACCUAAAAAGAAGAAGAAGAAAGAUAAGAAAAGAAAAAGCGAAGUAUUAGAAAAUGGAAAAGAAAAUGGAAGAGUUGAAAAUGGAGUAACAGAAGAAACUGAAGAACCUAAGAAAAAGAAAAAGAAGAAAUCCAAGAAUUUGGAUGAAGACGAAUGAAUCUGUAUCUACUGUCUGUGUACUGAAGUAUAACAGUCUACUAAUUUUACUCAGUUCUGAGAAUGAAAAUAUUUGACAUUUCUUCAAAAACUCCAUUUAUAGUGACAACUUUUGUUCAUAAUUUGGUUCAUCAUUGAAUGUACAUUUUUGUUGUAUGAUUAUGUUAAAUCGACAAGCAGAUCUGUAACUUAAAGGCAGAAUUUUGUAUAUGCAACAUACCUUGACUCUUAAAUACUGUUUAAAACAUAUAUAUAUUAUUUUACAAAAGAAAACUGUAAAAUAUAAUCUUUUUUAACUACA